CUCUUGUGCCCUCUUUCCAUACCCUCGUUUGGGUUUUACGAUCCUUGGGCUUCCACACCUUAGCCCAUGUAUCGUAACCCGCAGCCAUGUCACCAUCUGCGCUCGAGUGGCUAAUUCAGCACGAGCCGUCAUUUCGCAAAACACGCCUCCCUUCACUCUACUCUGAUCUCGGCGUUCAGAAAAAUUCCAACCCGGAAGGAUUCUCCGCCAAUGUCACAGCAUGGACAUCUGCCUUGACUCGUCUGGCCCUGGCUGGCCAACUUCCCCCAGAACAAUCUCACUUUGUUAUCCAGACCUCCGACGACCUCCUUUCCGCCCUCUCUAGUCCGAUAUAUGGCCAACCUAGCGGAUUAGGCUAUGUCAUCGACGAGGCGGUUCGACAUGGCAAGAUGAUUGAACAGAAGGACUUUAUGGCGAGUGAGAAAAGUAUUUACCAUCGAUCAUGGAUUCCUAGCCCUUGGGCCAUUAUGAAAUGGGGGUUAAGACAGGCUGGAAUUGUCGGGUCUGGUAGUUAUGAGGCCUCGUCGGGCAGAUUACGAUCUGGUGACCUCGUUGUCGUACCGGCCUUGGAGGAAUUGGCUAGACAUGUUUCGGCCAUGAUCAAAGAGCGAGGCUUGCACAGCCUUACCGAUCGAAUAACCAGUCGAGAAUCCUUUGUUAGGGAUCUCAACUCUACCCUUGAAAAGAACACACCUAUCCGAUUAUCAGAACAAGACCUAAAACUCGUCCUACGAUAUCUGUCCCGCGACAAGAAUCUCCUCACUUACGACUCCCAUACCAUCAAAUUCCACCUUCCGACCACAUCAAGUCCUGACCCCAUCACUCAUGAAGACAGAUCUAUAGCGACAUUGAAAGAUCUUAUUACCAGCCUGACAAAUCAAACCACUUCUCUCGACUCUCGCAUCGCCACUCUCCAAUCAACAGCCCAAAACGCCGUGAAACAAGGCAAUAAAACCUCGGCAUUAUCAGCGCUCCGCUCUAAGAAAUUAGCCGAGUCAACCCUUGAAGGCCGUCUAUCAACCCUCCAUCAACUCGAGCAAGUCUACACCCGGAUCGAAGAUGCAGUCGAUCAAGUACAGAUCAUCUCGGUGAUGGAAUCGUCAGCCGGGGUAUUGAAAUCUCUGAACAAAAAGAUUGGCGGGGUCGAGAGGGUCGACGACGUCCUCGAAAGUCUCAGAACAGAGAUGGAAAAGGUCGACGAGGUAUCUGGCGUGAUUUCCGAACCCCUGGAUGGUGGCAAGGCUGCAAUCGGCGAAGAGGAAGUCGACGAGGAAUUCGAAGAGAUGGAAAGAGAAGAAAAGGCCAAGCGCGAAGAAAUUGCCGCCGAAGCGACAAGGAAGCGAUUGGCGGAGUUGGAAGAUUUGGAGAGAGAACGGAAGAAGCAACAGCAGCAGCAGCAAAAACAACCACCAGAAAAAUACCAGGUCGACGCACAAGAUCAUACUCAAACUCAAAGUCAAAUCGAAGAUGCAGCCCUCGAAGAGGAAUUGUCAAGAAGCGCCGACAAAUUAAAAACGCUUGACCUGAACAUGGAUCUGGAUUCGAAGAUGAGGUCUCGUUCGGUAGAGGGGAUGGAGCAGGGUCAGGAGAAUGACCCAAGACAGACUUCUGGGGAACGGAUCCCUGAAACGGCGUCUUGA